AUGGGUGGAGGCUCCAUGGGCCUUUUCUAUAUCAUCUCCGGCUUUGUGAUGGCUGUGGGCUAUUGCCAGGUCAUGCUUCAGCCUUGCUGCGGCCGCUGCGGCGGGGAGCCGAACCUGCCGAAGCUCAGCGCCUGCAGCUUCUGGCUGCGGCGCUUGGUGCGACUGGCACCGACCUACUUCCUCACGAACUGCCUGGGUGUGGCCUUAAAGGCGGCCUUUGCACCUGAAGCGCUCAACGAGAUCACGACAGUUCAGUUCGUCCUGUCCGGUCUGGGCCUGACCUCCUGGUACAUCGUGGCGCCCGUGGGCAAUGGGCUGACGUGGACCAUCUCGACGAUGCUCUUCUUCUACCUCUGCUUCCCUGUCCUUGGCCCAGCCAUGCAGCGGGUCAGCGUCCCCUUUCUGCGGGUGCUGGCCUGGGCCAUGUACCUACUGCAGGCGGUCUUCAUGAUUGUGGGGUACGUCCUCAAUCUCGGCGGCUACUGGAUUCGCAUGUUUCCGCCUGCACGUCUGCCCAUCUUCAUCAUGGGCAUCUGUGCCGGACUCUCCCGGGUGCAUGGGGAGCAACAGAGGGCAGACGAGGCUGAUGCAUGCCAGACGCCGGUGAGUCGGAGGGAUGUGCCAGUGGAAAUUGGAUCGAAAGGCUGGGGCAUGGAGGCUUGCUGCCCGGCAUGGGCUUUAAUCUUCAUCUGGACGGGGCUCAGUCUCUAUGGCACCACCGUCACCUUCAUCUGCUCCCACAACCUCAAUUUCCGCUUCAACUUGGAGGUUCCAGGAACCGAGCACGCACACCUCCCGGGAUGCCAGUCGAAGCGUUGUCUGUUCGCCUCGGCCGCGGACAGUAUGGCCCGGAAGUGGCGCUUCCUGCGCACGUGCCGCGGGGCCCUCCCCGGUGAUGCCGCCGCAGUCCUCGCUCUACCCUCCACUCUUUUCGUACGCCAUGUGUUGGAGCACCAUGUGGGACUGACUGAUUGGACGCAUGUCAUGAGCAUAGAGAGACUACAUGUGCAACUGCCAUGGCUUUUGGAUGAGUGCACGCUGCAGCCUAAGAAGACCCCCAAGGAUUUCCAGUUGGUCUGUGAACAAGCGGCCCAGUCCUUCCCUCCGGGCCGACGGUUCCUGCUUCGCGAUGCUUCAGGCUCCACUGCGCAGUUCUUCUAA